AUGGAAAAUGAAAAUAUUAUUGAAGACGGCGAUGCAAGUGUUUUCCAGAGUACAUUUGACAAUCUUUUUAUUUUAAGAGAAUUCUCUAAUAUAUCAAGUAGCUUAAGUGAUGAAGAAUUUCUGGCAACUGUACCUAAAGAAAAAAUUGAAAGUGUUCGUUGGAUAUCAGUAUUCCGAUGUAUUAAACAAGACAUUUUAGACAUGAUGGUUAGAGAAAUGAAUAAAAUGUGGAGUACUGAAGAUAUGCAUCAAAAGUUAGAGAUACUUGAAACACAGAGAGAAAAAUAUGCAGAAAUCAACCCUCAUAACUCUGCUUGGCGACCCCAGCAUGAUAGUGUUAAAAAUCAAUUAAGAGCUUUAGAUGCUGGCAUUUUAAGAAAUCAAAAAGCAUUGCUAGAGUCAUUAUUAAAAGAGUAUGAUGAGAAAGUAAACAAGUUACAGAAGACAGUUCAGGCUAAAAGACAAUAUCUCAAAGCUGUCACAAUGGAUAUUCAAAAAUAUGAAAAGAAUGUUGAAGAAGUUAUGUCUAAAAUAUGUGAGAAGAUUCAAACUCAUACUGCAUUGGGAGAAGAGAUAAUACCAAAGUUUGAUAAUGAUGUAUGGUUAAGUAAUACCCAAAAGGAUGUGGAGUAA